CAGCCUCCAGCUCCUAUAAAUACAGCUCCCUGCUCCUCCUCAGCAUCACAGCUCUGUGAAGCCCACAGCAGACUCCGACACUUGUUUCACCUCACUGUGGAGAACUAAGGCAUCACCAUGGCAACAGGGAAAACAAAAGGCUCAGUGAAAUACGAGGACAUCAUCUCUAAGAGUCUUCUUGUCCGUUCAGGAUCUCCUGCUGUCUACCAGCUGAGACCAAAGAAAGAGGAGAUUGGAUCUCUAAGAAGAAUGACUCUUGGUGAAAAAGAUCUGAACCAGACAAACAGAACCAUCUUACUUGUUGGAGAAACAGGAACAGGAAAAUCUGCUCUGGUCAACACUCUGGUCAACUACACCAUGGGAGUGAAGUGGGAGGAUGAUGUCUGGUUUCAGAUUGUAGAGGAGGAGAAGAGAAACCAAUCAGAGAGUCAGACAUCAGAUGUGUUUGUGUACCAGAUCUUUGGAUUUGAAGGUAAAACUCUGCCCUACUCUCUGACCAUCAUCGACACUCCUGGAUACGGAGAUACCAGAGGGACUGAACGUGACGUCAUCAUCAGUGAAAGAUUAUUAGACUGGUUCCGCUCAGAUGAUGGAGUUCAUGAGAUUAAUGCAGUGGGUCUGGUGCUGAAAGCAGCUGAGAAUCGACUGAGUGAUCGACUGAUGUACAUCUUUGAUUCAGUGGUGUCUCUGUUUGGUAAAGACAUGGAGCAGAACAUCGUCGCCCUCAUCACACACUCAGAUGGUCUGACACCUGAAAACGCUCUGAAAGCUCUCAAAGAUGCAAACAUUAAAUGUGCCAAAGACGAGGACGGAGAUCUUCUUCAUUUCAUGUUCAACAACUGCCAGACUAAAGAGAAAAAAAAGAAAACUGAGACUGGUUUAAAAAGAGCAUGGGAUGUGACAUCAGAUGGAAUCAGUCAGUUCACAGACUUUCUGGAAACAGCUAAACCUCAGAAGCUGAUGACAACUGUGUGUGUUCUGAAUGAGAGGAAAGUGCUGAAAGCCUGCAUCGAAAACCUGCGAAGCAGAAUUGAACAUGUGGAACUUCAACAGAGAGAGGUCAAACAGACUGAGGAAGCUCUCAGGGAACAUCAAAGAGAGAUGGAGAACAAUGAGAACUUCAUUCAAGAAGUGGACGAGGUCUACAAAGACAAACAACCUAUUGAUGGUGGGAUGUGUGGGGUUUUUUGGGCAUGGUAUCGAGCAGCUACCUCCUGUAAAGUCUGUGAGGAGACCUGUCACUAUCCUGGAUGUGAAGAGUCCUGGUCUGCCACAGGCUGUAAGGUCAUGAAAGAUGGCCGCUGCACUGUGUGUACUGGGAAGUGUCUUGCAUCAGACCAUGUGAAAGAAAAGUGGAUCUAUGUAUGCAAAACAAGAAAAGUUAAACAGACCAUGGAAGAUGUGAAGAAGAAGUAUGAAAAGAACAAGAAGGGACAUGAGAGCAAGUUGAGCCUUCUGGAAAAUCUUAGGAGGAAGAUGAAAGAACUUGAGAAAGAGAAAGAUCAGAUGUUUGAUGAAUCCUUCCAUCAGGUUGUCAAACUGCAGCAGAUCGCUCUGAAAGUUGAUUCACUGUCCACUCUGGUCCACUUGGACUUCCUGAUUGAGAAGAUGAAGGAGAAAGGAGACACAGAGAAGAUCCAGAAACUGGAAGAGAUGAAGAGUCGAGUGGAGGAAACAACCAGAGCAGCAGCACGAUACAGACAAACAGGAUCUGUUGAAGAAGUGAAGAAGUAGGUGAUCAGGAUGUGAGAGCAGACAGAUGUGUAGAAAACAAACUCGACACUGUUGAUUCAAGUGAUUGAAGGUUUUUCAUUCUGUUUCUAUAAAGUGUUGAUGUCAUCACUAUAUCAGAACAUGAAAAUGUGAUCAGUGUUUACAUGUGUAGUUUGAGCAGACAGCGCCCUCUGUAGUCUGUAAUGAUGAUUGUUCCUGUAGUUUGAUGAUGAAUCAGCAGCAGUUACUGUGCAGAUGAUCAGCAGUGCUGAGUCAUGUUCUGAUCCACAUCAGUGAACGCUGAGUCAGGAUUGAUUUGGGGCUGUUAGUUACAUCAUUCAGCCUCUUUUCUCCUCUCAGCUGCUCAUCACAUCAGAACACAACUUUCACUGUGUUCACAUUUAUAUCAGCUGUGACCAGCUGACAGCUGCUGUAGAAACACACAUUAUUUGUGCUGACAUUGCUGUUAUAAUCAUGUUUCUCUCCAAUAUAAUCAGGCUUCUGCUCACAUGUUUCUGCUCCUGCUGGUCUGAAUAGAUGUGUCUUAUAUAUCCACCAUGAUAUUAUAAUGUUGAAGUUGUUGUGAAACUAAAUAGAAGUAAAGUGAUGAUAAAGGAGUUCAGCCUGGAGGGGUUAAAGCUCUUCCUGUGUGUUGUGACUGUUUCUCUCUUUGUGUGAGUUGAAUGUUUUUAAGGUUGAUCUGAUGUGUUUUUCUGUGAUUUAUUGUGAUGUUACUCUGAUGUUGACACAAGUGUCAGUAACACAUCACUGACAUACUUCUGCUCAUAUAAAGCAGUUAAACAUGAUGUUUGUCAUGUUCAUCACUGUACAGAGGACUCUGAGUCUGGA